AUGUCGGCCGGUUCAGCUACCUCUUCCCGCUCUAAACUCACGCCGCCAGAUCUUAUUCAGAGAUCUAUGAUAACAACUGAUGCCGAUGUGUAUAUCACUUUUAGGAAAACACUUGACUUGCGGGGGGAAGCGAACUUGCACACUCAAAAAACUUCUCAUUUGCAUCAGCUAGUCGAAUUUGACGGAGGUGCAAUACCGUCAUCUGUCCCAUCGUUAGAACUGGGAUCCGGCAGCCUCCUGUCCCAGGAAGAAAUCCGCAGGUUGAUUCAGGAAAAUAUAGACGCACUCGAAGAAGAAGCUAUCAAUAUCGGGCAGGAUAUAGACUUCUUUCAAUCACUGAUCUCUCGUUUUCGUAGACGAGUGGAUCAAAAUCGUGACAUCAUCUCGUUUCAAAAGUGUCUCCUCGUCCCUUUACCGCCUCCCUCUGUCAAGGAGAUUACCUUCCUAGCCGACACAGCGCCACCUCGGGUACCAUAUGCAUCAGCUCCCAUCUCUAUUUUACCCGUGGAGAUCAUUGCCAGGAUACUCCAAAUUGCCACCGAAGUCGCGUCUAGAAAAUCUUCCUACGACAUCUUCAAUGUAAAGAAAUCCGCACCAUGGACGUUUUCUCUGGUUUGUCGCGCCUGGCGGACCAUAGUAUCGUCGACUCCGGCCCUCUGGUGCCGCAUAGAUAUCCUGGGAGAUGAAUACUCGGACCAUUUCCCAAAAGCAAAGCGACGUCUACUCCGGAAGUAUCUGCAACGAUCCUCACAGCAUCCGUUGGAUAUCACGAUGGACAUUUCCGUGAUGGAUAACUUCGAAAGACCACUGAAGUCAUUGACACACCACACGCACCACUGGGGUAUCCUCGAUUUAACAAUUACACCACAUCGCUUCCGUAGUAUGGCAUCUUCUAUCGGAGUGGCAAGCUUCCCAGUGUUGAAACGGCUGUUUCUAUAUGUACAAGACGCACGUCUAGUUAAUAUGUGGGCUGCCCCGUUGCCUGAAUUACGGGACGGUCGCUUGGAUGAUCUCACCCCACCUAUUGAACUGUUCCGCGACGCAUAUCAGUUGGAGGAAGUUAUACUUCAAGGGGCUGGAUUGUCCGAAGUUUUGCUGCCAUUGCGACAGCUGAGGGUUUUCAAUGGUGAUAUUGACCGCCCUUCAGAGGUUUCAUGCCUUUUCCGUGGCGCUCACGAUCUAUAUCAGGCUACGCUGAGAGUCAGGUUCGAAAACUGGGACGAGCAGUUGGAACCAGCGUUACACAAGAAACUUCAUUGGCUCUUAUUGCAUACAAAUACGGAAUGUUUGAAACAUUUACGUCUUCCAGCCUUGGAGCAUUUGCAGGUGGAGAAAAACCAUUACACACCUUGGCGAGACACUCAUGUACUGGACACCGACGAGUUCCUAUUAAAUUCGCAGUGCCAGCUUCGAACACUUUUCCUCGAGGUGCCCGCUCUUCCUUUCGACCAUCUCGUAUCGAUACUGGAAAGAUGUUCUCCCACCCUGACGGCAUUGUCUUUGUCGUUCUCAUGCCUUGUACCGCAUGUGAAGCACCUGUCUAUCCGUGAUGAUUUCUACGUGCAGGGAAUUCACCCGCAUUAUGCAACGGCGCCAGGCACCCACAACGACGAGCUCGUCGAUGUAGUUGCCUCACGGAGAAAUUCCGAGGCGAAUCCAAAUGAGGUCGCGCUUCUCAAAUCUCUGACAUUGUGUUUGAAGGAUUGGCGGUGA